AUGGGGGCAGAGACCUGCAUGGUGGAGCAGACAGUCCCUUUGGCUCAGAGGACGUACACCCAUGAUGGGCUAAAACCUCUGUUUGCCAUCUCCCUUCCCAGCUUGCCCUGCUGGGAGCCCAGGGAAAGCCACCCCGCUGCAUCUCGCCCGCAGGGAGCCAGGACGUGGACCCAGCCAGAUGAGGCAGCUCACAUGAAAGGGCUGCCAAAGGAAAGGGAGAGGACACGGAUGAAACUGGGACUGAGGGAUGAGGAGGAACAGGCAGUCGGGAAAGUUGAGUAUGACAAGGAGUUCACGCCUCACCAGCGGCACCACAAGGAGUUCAAAUUUAAUUUGUCUCAGAUUCCUGAGGGCGAGGCCGUUACAGCCGCUGAGUUUCGGAUCUACAAGGACUGCGUUGCAGGGAGCUUUAAAAACCAAACCUUCCUUAUCAGCAUCUACCAAGUGCUGCAGGAACAUCAGAACAGGGCCUCUGACCUGUUUCUGCUGGACACGCGGGCAGUGUGGGCCUCGGAGGAGGGCUGGCUGGAGUUUGAUGUCACUGCCACCAGUAACAUGUGGGUGAUGAACCCUCGGCACAACAUGGGACUGCAGCUGAGCGUGGUGACCCGGGAUGGUUUCAGUGUAAAUCCUAGAGAAGCAGGCCUUAUAGGCCGAGAUGGACCUUACGACAAACAGCCUUUCAUGGUGGCCUUCUUCAAAGUGAGCGAAGUUCACGUACGGACCACUAGGUCAGCAACGAGCAGGCGUAGGCAACAGAGUCGAAACCGCUCCACCCAGGCUCAGGAUGUUUCCAGGGUGUCUGGUGUCACAGAUGAUUACAACAGCAGUGACUUAAAAACAGCGUGCAGAAAGCAUGAGCUUUACGUUAGCUUCCAAGACUUGGGAUGGCAGGACUGGAUAAUCGCUCCAAAGGGCUACGCAGCCAACUACUGUGAUGGAGAGUGCUCAUUCCCACUCAACGCCCAUAUGAACGCAACCAAUCAUGCCAUUGUACAAACUCUGGUUCAUCUUAUGAAUCCUGAUUACGUUCCCAAACCAUGCUGUGCACCUACCAAACUAAAUGCCAUAUCUGUUCUUUAUUUUGAUGAUAAUUCUAACGUAAUCUUGAAGAAAUACAGGAAUAUGGUAGUAAGAGCUUGUGGAUGUCACUGA